AUGAUUUUAAAUGAUGGAGGAGGAAAUAUAAAUAAUAGUAAUUUAAAUAAUAAUAAACAACAACAAAUUCGUUCAAGUGGAAGUACUUCUAAUUUAUUAGAACCACCAAAAUAUAUUAAUAAUAGCAACAAUAAACGUUAUAUAAAAUCAACAACUUAUAGUGGUUAUCUACAAAAUAAUGGGGGAAUUAGUAGCAGUGCUAGUUGUAGUCCAACACCCAGCGAAGAAGAUUUUUUCUCAAUGUCUUCCCCAACAUCUUCACAUUACCCUAAUCCUCAACAAACAUUUCCAAAGCCAAAGUACUCACUUAAUUUACGUCCAGAGGAUUGCUCUAAUAAUUCUACUAUGCCUCCACUUCCCUCUCCAUCACUGCAAAAACAACAACAAAAUAGUCCAAUUUCUCCUUCCACAGCUCGUUGUCGAGCAGCAGCAGUUCAACGGCAACAGGGUUCUACUGAUUCCGCUCCGACUAGUGCUGGGAUUAGUAGUAUGAAACGAAAAGAGAUUUGGGCACGUGUUGGGCCUUCUUCUUUUCAUCAAUCUUUUGACAUUCGUUCUGAUCCAAUUACUAAUUUCUCAACUUCUUGUGGCCAUAUAAACGAUGCAAUUGGUGGAGGUGUUUGUUGUGCCUGUAAAGGAUAUCGAACUGAACGAAGAAGUGGAUUUUGUUCAGGGGACAGCAGCAGAGAUUCUCGUAGUCAUCCAGGGAAUGCUGCAAUGACUUUGUAUUGUGGGGUUUCUGGUAAUUUUUUUUUAUAA